AUGCCAGACCCAACGUCGCCGACGAUGGGCGAAAUCGAGGAGAAAAUGGCAGACAUCCAGCUGCGCAUUGUCAAGCAACAGAAGAUGAUUGAUGGCUACAAGAUGAUCCGAAUGGCCACCAAGAAUCCAGAAGUCCUCCGCAAGACCGAGGCUGACGAGCGCGAUGCCCGGAAGUCGCUCGAAUACUUUAGAGCAACGCUUGCAGACCUCAAUCAGCGCCGUGACAUGCUCGUCGGCCAGGCAAAUGCCCAUCCACGCGCGAAACAAGCUGGGGGAUACGACUACGACAGACCUCUACCAUCGCCGCCCCACGACGGCCAGGGAGGUGCUCCGAAUCGUACAAGACAGUAUAGCAAUUUGGAUUUGAUCAAAAAGGAUACGCCGUACACGCCAGAAAAGAUCCAGAAGAUGCUCAAUCAGCUCGAGUUUAAACUCGAGGUCGAACGACAGUACCAAAAGGGCGUCGACCUCAUGCAGCGCGCUUACAACGCAGACGGCGACAAGAAGAGCAGACAGGACGCCUACAAUCAAAAGGUCGAAAGCGAAAAGACGAUUGCCCUCCUGUCCUCGGCCCUGCGUCGCUACAAGGACCUCCAUGUCAUUGAAGUCGCCGAAGAAGAGGAAGCUGAUCCCACCGCACCAGGCGCCAACAUUGGGGACCGCAAGGGUAAUCUCCGAAAGCCCCUCAGCGGUACACUCUAUGUCACCGUAAAGGGUGCCAAGGAUCUCGAGCACGCCCCCUUUACCAAAAAGUCGAGCAAAACUGUCCAAGAGACGACCGUCGUACUCAAGAUUGAAGGAAACUUUCGAGCAAAAUCGCACCCAUCGCGUACAGACAGGUGGAACCAAGACUUUGAGCUUUCGGUCGACAAGGCCAACGAACUAACGCUCGCCAUCUACGACAAGUAUGGGAAUGAGAUGCCUUCCCCGAUCGGCUUUACGUGGAUACGGCUGAGCGACCUUGUGGACGCUCUGCGACGGCAGAAGAUUGGUAUGGAGGCAGCCGGAGGCAAUUGGGUCACAGCAGACGGUGCUAUGAACACACAUGGCAGUCUCAGCGGUCAAGGACGAUAUGACGACAAUCCCUACCCUCUUGGAGCUGAUGGUCCCUUGAUGCCACCCGGCGCAAUGGGCGGCGGUGGGGGCAGCAGUGGCCAAAACCCCGAAGGAAUUGAAGCUUGGUUCACGGUAGAACCUGCUGGUGCGAUUCUCCUACAGCUCAACUUUGUCAAGGAGAACGUCCGCAAGCGACCUAUGGAUGCCGGUCUUGCUCGUCAAGUUGCCUUCCGUAAACGAAAAGAAGUUCACGAAAUGAACGGUCACAAGUUUGUGCCCCAGCAAUUCUAUCAAAUCAUGCUCUGUGCCUAUUGCAACGAGUUUCUGCUCAACGCAACCGGCUAUCAGUGCGAAGACUGUCGGUACACGUGCCACAAGAAAUGUUACGAGAAGGUCGUGACAAAAUGCAUCUCCAAAUCCAACGCCGAUACGGAAGGGGACGAGGAGAAGAUCAAACACAGAAUACCUCAUCGGUUCGAAACACUCACAAACCUCAGCGCAAACUGGUGCUGUCACUGCGGUUAUAUGCUGCCUCUCGGUCGUAAAAACUCAAAAAAAUGCACCGAGUGUGGCAUCACUUGUCAUAGCACUUGCACGCACUUCGUUCCAGACUUUUGCGGUAUGUCGAUGGAGACUGCAAAUCAGCUUCUUGCCAGCAUGAAAGCCAUUCGCAAUACACAGACGACAAAGAAGACGACUAUCAAGCCCGUAGCUCAAGCUGGUCGAAGUGCUGGAUACGACAGUCCAGGUGGUUAUUAUUCGCCGGAUCAGCCAAAGGGUAUGGCAGUGGGUCCGGCUGGCAUCCCGCAGGGGUCGGGCUCAGUCGAUCUCACCGGAGGGUAUGGACCGGGGUCUUAUAGUCAGAGUCCAGUCACUCCUCAGCCUUCACACACGCCACAGUCCAUGUACGGCGAUACUCGCUAUCAACAACCCGCUCCCAUGCCCCCAUCCAUGCCUGGUCCUCCACCUCAGCAAUAUCCAGGUGCUCCAGGUGGUCUCCCCCCUCGUCCUCAGCCACCUUCGAUGCCACCAGGUCGCGUGCCGCCACCGCCACAACAAGAGCCAGGUUAUCCUGGAGGGCCGCCUCGCGGGUACGAGCAACCUGCUGCAGGAUAUAGCUCAAGACCCCAACAACCCGUUCCUUUGCGGUCCGACGACUACUCGGCAGGCCAGCAGCCACCACGCCGCUACGAUGGUUCGCCGACCGUCACCCGUCCAGGACUUCCACCACAGCAGCAGCAGCCACAAGGAUACCCACCACGACAGACGUCGAUGGGCGGUCCUGCAUCUCCUCGCGGCUCCGUGUCUGCACCGCGCAGGAUACGCAAAGUCGGCUUGGACGACUUCAAUUUCUUGCCGUGCUGGGAGAAGAAGACGUCGGAUCUAUAUGCCAUCAAAGUGCUCAAGAAAGAGUUCAUCAUCGAUAAUGAUGAAGUGGAGAGCACUCGCUCUGAGAAGCGAGUCUUCCUGGCUGCUGCUCGAGAACGGCAUCCUUUCUUGCUGAACCUGCAUUCAUGCUUCCAGACGGAAACACGUGUCUACUUUGUGAUGGAGUAUGUCAGUGGCGGUGACUUGAUGUUACACAUCCAGCGCAAGCAAUUCUCACUACGUCAAGCCAAAUUUUACGCAUCGGAGGUUCUUCUCGCAUUGGAAUACUUCCAUAGUAACGGUAUCAUCUACCGUGACUUGAAGCUGGACAAUAUCCUUCUAACUCUGGACGGUCAUGUCAAAGUGGCAGACUAUGGGUUGUGCAAAGAGGAUAUGUUCUAUGGAAAGACGACAAGCACGUUUUGCGGUACUCCCGAGUUUAUGGCCCCAGAGAUUCUUCUGGAGCAACGCUACGGCCGUGCUGUUGACUGGUGGGCGUUUGGCGUCUUGACGUAUGAAAUGUUACUCGGACAGUCGCCAUUUAGAGGUGACGACGAGGAUGAAAUAUUCGAUGCUAUUUUGGAGGAUGAACCCCUAUACCCUAUUACUAUGCCAAAGGACGCCGUCUCUAUACUACAGAAGCUUCUCACUCGUGACCCAACGCGCCGUCUUGGAGCUGGUCCAGAUGAUGCACUAGAAAUUAAACGGCACCCAUUCUUCAAGGACGUGAACUGGGAUGACGUUUUGAACAAGCGCAUUCCGCCCCCUUACUUCCCUCAAAUUAAAGCUCCAGGGGACGUUAGCAAUUUCGACACCGAGUUUACGCGAGAGCAGCCCACGCUCACGCCGGUGCACGGUCAGCUAACCGCGAAAGACCAGAUGGAAUUCAACGGCUUCUCUUGGUGUGCGGCUUGGGCCAACGACGUAAAGAAGGCACUCCCUAAGCUCUCUGAGAGUCUUACCAUCCCCGCACCUGUCGACGAUCCAAGUAAACACCAAGGCCGCAAACGCAGUCAACCAUAUGUCGAAGGUCAAUUCGCUGGAUAUGUUUACAUCCCAAUUCUCCUAGACGCGCCAUUCAAAACGCUUCUCAACCAGGUAAUGCAAGAUGUGCAUGCCCAAGUUCAAGGCGUUCAUACGCUCUUCAAUUCUGGCGCUGUAAGGAUCGAGAAUGAAGAAGACAACACAAAGAAUUCACGCGACGAUACGGGAAUGGAGAUGGAUGAAGAGGAGCUGCAUUUGAGUCUCUCGCGACCCAUUUACCUUCGUGAACACCAACGCGACAUGGCGAGGAGACAUGUGAAGCGACUCGCGGAUACCUCGAAUGCGUUCAAGUUUUCACUUGCCUCGUUUACAAUCCUGACGAAUGAUGAGAAGACACGAUCAUUUCUGGCAGUCGAGGUCGGUGCGGGUCAUGCAGAAUUUGAAGCCUUCUCUAAUGGCCUGAACCCGCUUUUGACAGAACUCCGACAACCAUUGUACUAUUCUUCAGCACGCUAUCACAUCUCAUUUGCUUGGAUACUAAGCGAAUCUGAAUCUGGAAAUGGUGGUUUGUCAGAAGACCUGGCAAAGCAGCUGGAUGACAAGUAUGGCUCAAGGCUGCGGGACAUUAUCAUGGAUGUAGACAAGAUCAACCUCAAGAUUGGGAAACAGAUCCAAAAGUGUCGAUUAAAGUAG